CGGACCAUCCAGGCCACGCCCCCACCGAUUUCCCUCCCAAGAGUUAACUAUCAUCAUCAUAUAAAUUCAUUAGUCAUUAGACACAGUCAGACAUUUUUCAUCUCCUCCAUUGUUAUUGUUAUGAUUGUGCCGAUUCUCGUCAAGACCUAUUAAGAUUCCUGUCAGACCUAAGACCUUCGUCUCUAGCUGUCCCUGAAAGAAUAGGGGAAAGGAUGGUUAGCACGAGGAGCAGUAGUGCUAAAAUAGCUGCUGCUGCUGCUAUGGGCACAGAGGGCAUAGGCUUGUCUAGAGGCCAGCCGAAUGAAAAACGGCAUCGCCCGGUUAGAAUAAAGAAGCAGAAGGAUCUUUUUGUGGAAACUGCGAGCAUGUGUCAGCCUGAGCAAGUCCUAAACGUUUUCGAGUGUGUUGGAGUGAACAGGCUGAAGAGAUUGCGGCAGCAGCAAAAGGAAACAAAAGUACGUAUCGCAGCCUUGCAGGAAAUAGUCAGGGUGGAGAAGGCCAAGGUUCAGACGAUUUACACUGCCCUUGCCAGCGUGGACAAAGUACAAGCCGAGGAGCCACUGGUCCGAAGAAACCAAGAAAUGCAGAUUCCAAUGAGUUUCUUGCCGGACGAGAAGAGCUUCUGCAAAGUGUACACGGCUGGAUACUGCACUGCAGCUGCAUCUGGGGUUGGUAUCAGCUUUGGAUUGCACCACCCAAGGAACGCGAGCGUGCCUUUCCCCUCGCCGUACAUCCAUAAUGCAGAGGCUGCGGCAGCCACGUUGGCGUGCAAUGUAGCCAAAAUGAAUGGUGUGUUCAACUUGCACGUGCACACAUCCUCCAAAUUUUUGUUCAACGAGGAGAAAAAGGGAAUCAAGAGGCGCAAAGAAAAUAGACUAGGCCCAAUAUAUGACCUGCGUCGAGCCAAGUGGGGCAUGAAGAUGCGCUGGACCUGCGUCGGGCCCAACGAUGACCCUGAGCUGAAAGCCCAGGUUGAGGAGGCCUUCCGCUUGGCUCACCUUGCAACUGCCAAAUAAAUUUUCUCUUCCUGUCCAUUUUAGUCUUUGAAUAAAAUCACCAGUUAUUAAAAUUAAC